CACCUGGGAGCAAAUUCACUUCAACUGUGGGGCCUUUAUCAUUGCCACCUAAACGCUCCAGACCAAUUAUUACUCGGUGCGUGUGUUCGAAUGAAACAAGCUGUCACCAUGGCAAAAGAAAACGGUGUGAACAUACAUAGGAGCAUUUUAUUUUAUAUAAGCUACUUCAAGUUUUUCGUUUUCGUCAGUUUUAUAGGGAGUAUGUUUCAUUCGAUUUCUAAACACGCUCUCUGUAAAUCAAGAUAUACAUUAAAUAUAUAUACUCUAGGCCUACUAGACUAUUGACGGGAAAGACGUGGAAUGACAUCGCUAAUAUAUAUCGUCUUGACGGCUUUCUUAUUCGGUAAUGUGUUUCUGCCUCUCAAACGUACGUUGACAAUCCUCUUACAGUGUGCCUUACCGAAUAUGGAUUAGGUCCGGGUGCAGCACUACGUUUUGCCUACAGGUCACUUUGAAAAGACUUUGAUUGAAUGGGCGUAGGUGAUUCUGACCUGGUAUAACUUAUAUUUUCUAUUAAUAACAUAUUCACUAUAAUUACGUUAUUGAAACAUUUGCAGAAUGUACCACUUUGUUGGGAAACCAUAGACUAUGUUAGUCUGCGUUUCAGCAACCUGUUGAGCAUUAGGUAGCCGUUAGUUUCCAAGGAGGACACUUUACAAGAAUACAUGAUGUUGACCUGCUUUGAAUCUGAUGAGCUAACUUGAUAAGGUAAGAAAACGUUUACUUUUGUCACACAACAUGUAUGUGUGUGGAGUGUAGCUGUGCCAGUCUCACGAAGUGCUAACAACGGGAUGUAAGGAGCUCUCCGGUGUGCUGAAGUUAACAGACCACGGAGAUUCAGGCCUGCCUCAGCGUCACAUCAGAAGGACGAAAAUGACACGAGCUGCUGUGUCUUCAACUGGGCAUGACAUUGCACAUGAAUGAAAAUAUAGGGGGGGAAACUACAAGGGGGAAGUGGGGAACACUCGGUGGGGUAAACUAGUUGUGAAAAACUCUCUUCGGACGUCUCAGCUUUCAAGGCCAAGAAAUACGAUGGUGUCUUUGGUUUGGAUUUCAAUACUUUGAUGUAGGAUAACAUCACAGUUCACCAAUACGAUUAAUAAAGAAGGACAAUGCAACAUAUUCCUCUGACUGUUGGUGUGCUAUGGGAGUUAUACAACUAUCCACAUUGCCCCAUUUUCAAGAGCAGACACAGCCUCGCCACGCUGCCUUUCUAUAAAUUUAUUCUAUGGGUCCUGCUAGGGGUUUUGACGUUUCCAUGCUGUGUCCAGUGUUUAAUUUUCAAAGUGGGGGUCCUUGGGCCAUGGAACUGUGACACGGUGUACUCCAAGGCACUCCCCGCAGUGGCCGCUAAACUGGCCGUGGGCAGAAUAAACGAAGACUUUAGUUUAGAUUUGGGGAGCAAAUUGGAAUUUGUGAUCCUUCAAGAAGCCUGCGAAACGUCGAAAGCGUUGACCACUUUUGUUUACUACGAAAAAACGGUGGACGCCUUCGUUGGUCCGGCGAAUCCAGGAUACUGUGACGCAGCAUCACUUUUGGCAAAAAACUGGGAUAAAGCAAUCUUUUCCUGGGCCUGUAUUAACUAUGAGCUGGAUCGGAUCAAGGGCUACCCAACCUUUGCACGGACUCUUCCCUCACCUACACGUGUGUUGUUUACGGUGUUGAAGCACUUUAGGUGGGCCAAUAUCGGCAUUGUGUCUUCUAAUGAGGAUAUUUGGAUGGACACCGCGGGAAAAUUGGCCAACUCCCUGCGGAGCCAGGGGCUUCCAGUUGGCAUAGUAGCGUCAGUGGGAAUUAAUGAGACAGAGAUGGAGAGUACACUAAGGCGAAUCCAGGCGGCUGGGGAGAUCAAAGUGAUCAUCAUGUGCAUGCACUCUGCUCUGAUUGGUGGGGAGCAGCAGACGGCCUUCCUGCUGAAGGCCCAAGAGAAGGGUCUGACGCAGGGCCGCUACGUGUUUGUGCCCUACGACACCCUGCUCUACAGCCUGCCCUACACCAACACCUCCUACUUCCCACUGAAAAACAACACCAAGCUGCGGCAGGCCUACGACGCUGUCCUUACCAUCACCGUGUCCUCAGAGCUCAUGUCAUUCAACGAGGCACUCAGCAUGGCCAAGAGGUUUGAGGAACUCACCGUAUCAGUGGACCCACAGCAGGUCAACCCCCUGUUCGGAACCAUCUACAACGCUAUUUACCUCCUUGCCAAAGCUAUGCACAAUGCCAGGAGAGCUGGACGGUGGCUCUCUGGGAGCAACUUGGCUUAUUUCACCAGGAAUAUGACGUUCUCUGGCUUCAACCAGAAGAUCCAGAUCGACACUGAAGGGGAAAGCCAGACCAGCUAUGUCAUCCUGGACUCAGCUGGAUGGGAUGCUCAGCUUUACCGGUCCCAUCUAGUGGACCUAAGCGCUAACACUGUUCACUUUGCCGGCAAAUCCAUUCACUUCCCCGGGGGCUCCCCUCCCCCGUCUGACUCCAGCUGUUGGUUUGAGCCAAACACUAUCUGCACUGGAGGUGUGGAGAUAACCUACAUCAUAGUAGUGUUUAUGAUCAUCUUCAUUAUAAUCGUGGGAGGACUCGUUUUAAGUAUAUUCGUAAGGAGGAGAAUCCAGCAGAUCCAGCUGGUUAAGGGGCCCAAUCGGAUCCUGCUGACAUUAGAUGACCUCACGUUCAUCAACCCUCAGCUGAGCAGGAAGAAAAUCACUCUGGAGGACCUUAGUGAAUCUAAAAGUGUUAUCGACGACAGCAGUAUGCAUUCCGGUGAACAGCGCCACUCUGUGAACAGCAUCACUACAGCAACACAUGAGACCACAAAUGUAGCUGUCUAUGAGGGCGAUUGGGUGUGGCUGAAAAAGUUUGAAGAAGGCCAUUUCAAGGAAAUCAAGCAGAGCUCAACCAAGAUUUUCACAAAGAUGAAGGAUCUGCGAAAUGAGAAUGUCAACCCAUUUCUGGGGUUCUUCAAAGACUGUGAUAUAUUUGCUGUGGUGACGGAACAUUGUUCCAGAGGCAGCCUGCAGGACCUUCUGAGGAACGAUGACGUCAAGUUAGACUGGAUGUUCAAGUCCUCUCUGUUGCUGGACCUAAUCAAGGGUAUGAAGUACCUGCACCAUCGGGAGUUCCCACAUGGCCGUUUGAAGUCACGGAACUGUGUGGUUGAUGGUCGCUUCGUUCUCAAGAUCACAGACUAUGGCUUUAACGAGCUGCUAGAAUCCCAGAAAGCUCCCAAAAGUGUAGUUCCACCUGAAGAUCAGUUUUGGACAGCUCCAGAGUUCCUCCGAGACGUGGAGAUCUCUCGCAAAGGGACCUAUAAAGGAGAUGUGUAUAGUUUUGCCAUUAUACUCCAAGAGGUGGUUGUGCGAGGGGCUCCUUAUUGCAUGCUGGGUCUGGCUGCUGCUGAAAUCAUACGUAAAGUGAAAAAGCCUCCUCCCAUGUGCAGGCCUACAGUGGCACCAGACCAGGCCCCUCUAGAGUGUAUCCAGCUGAUGAAGCAGUGCUGGAGCGAACAACCGGACCGCAGACCAGCUUUUGAUGAGAUCUUUGACCAGUUUAAACUGAUCAACAAGGGCAAGAAGACCAACAUCAUUGACUCCAUGUUGCGGAUGUUGGAGCAGUACUCAUCUAACCUGGAGGACCUCAUCAGAGAGAGGACAGAGGAGCUGGAGGUGGAGAAACAGAGGACAGAGAAACUGCUCUCUGAGAUGUUGCCUCCGUCUGUGGCCGAGGCUCUGAAGACUGGUGCAACAGUAGAGCCCGAGUACUUUGACCAGGUCACGAUCUACUUCAGUGACAUCGUAGGCUUCACCACCAUCUCCUCUCUCAGUGACCCCAUCGAGGUGGUGGAUCUGCUCAAUGACCUGUACACACUGUUUGACGCCGUGCUCAGUAACCAUGAUGUUUACAAGGUGGAGACCAUUGGUGACGCCUACAUGGUGGCGUCUGGUCUACCAAAGAGGAAUGGCAACAAACACGCGGCAGAGAUAGCUAACAUGUCCUUGAACAUCCUGAGCUCUGUGGGAACCUUCCAGAUGCGCCACAUGCCUGGCAUGCCCAUCAGGAUACGUAUUGGGAUACAUUCAGGGUCAUGUGUUGCUGGGGUUGUGGGUCUGACGAUGCCUCGGUACUGCCUUUUCGGGGACACAGUCAACACUGCCUCUCGUAUGGAAUCUACUGGGCUGCCUUAUAGAAUUCAUGUGAACAUGAGCACUGUGAAGAUCCUGCGCUCCCUCAAUGAGGGCUAUAAGAUAGAUGUAAGGGGCAUGACAGAGCUCAAGGGUAAAGGCAUUGAAGAGACAUACUGGCUGGUUGGAAAACAAAAUUUCAACAAGCCUUUGCCGAAGCCUCCUGAGAUAAGACCAGGGGACAACUGGCAGGAGAUGGUUACAGAGGAGAUCAGAACAAUAUUUCGCAAGGCCAACCGACAGGUGGACAAGCCUAAAAUCUGAGCAGACAAGACACAGAGAGAGAGAGAGAGACAAAAACUGUGAAAGGAGGAGGAAACAUCCAAAGAGAGAGGGAGAGAAAGGGAUGAUGGACUGGAAGACAGAGGGCAUGGACUGGCCUGCUCACUGCGGCUUAUAUGGCCAUCGUUAAUAGGAUUGCCUGGCUGUUGUCUGUGUAAUCUGCUUGUGGCCAGCACAGCAGAAAGGGAAAGCACUAAUGUAAUGAAGGUUGUUGUGUUAUCGUCCUGCGACAGGGAUAGUGCAUUUCUUCUUAAUGAACAAUGCACUUAUGUCUCUGGUCUCACAUUGGCCACUAAGUGGCUUCGCGUCAUUGGAGUUGAGGCCCCAGUGCUCAAUAGGAGGAUCUAUCACUCUAACAUGGUACUGUAGCUUUAAAUCACAUGCAUAAGGGAAAUUAUUUUCUAUUUAUUUAUUUUUUAAUCUUGAAAGAAGCACUUAUCUUCACUGCAAGAGAGUAGUGGAUGAUAUAAGGAAGUUAGAUAGGCAAAGGAAAAAUCUUAUAUUAAAUAUUUAAGUAUGACCGAAAAGCUAUGUAAGGAUGCAUACUUAGCAUUGCAAAAAUGGAAGAGAAUAACUGCGGUACAUCUAAUGUAUUGUCAAUGGACUACAGGUUUGUUGGCAACUAGAAUAAUAAUAAUGUCUAUAUUGUCUAUAUGUCUAUGUUAAUAAUGGUAUGUAUGACAACAAGAGUGCUAUUUGGGGACCAAGGUCCAAUGCAAAAAUAUGUUUUUAUCUGAACUGGAGAUUUCUACGUUUUGUUGAUGUCUGUAUCUUUUUUAAUAUGGAUGCUCUAUCUGUUUGUUAUAGAUUGUCUGCCUAUUGUUUCCGUAAAAGUCUUGCCAUACAGAUUCUCAAUAGACAAGACAAUAGAUUGUCAAGUAUAAUGUCAAUGCCUUCAUUGGCAAGAGAACCACCCUGGUUUGGUUGAAGGUAUGACUGUUGAAUGAAAAUGAAUGAGUAUACAUUACAGGCUGUAUGGUAUGAUCAGGGCAGGGAUUCGUAGCAAGCCAUGGCGGGAAUGUUCAUUUGUUUUACCUCUGCUUUAGGGUUACCUAAACAGCAUAAAUCAUGAAUAGAUCAUUACCAAAUAACAUGACCAAUGAUAUAUGCAGAUGGGUGUUGGAUUAUAUUCUAAAUACUUUUGAGCGUUUGUCUCAUGUGUAUUACCUGAUUAUUUUGUCUAUUUCUUAAACUAAAUAAUCUAGUCCAAAUCUAAAUAAUCUACAGUAUGCAACUUUCACUUUGAAGAGGCAUUAUAUGUUAUGAUAUGAUUUGUCUUGGAUAUUUAUGAGACACAAAGACUUAUGUGUAAUUGGUAUUUUUAUUUCAAUAAAUCAAUUUUGCUUCAAAUGGCUGUGUGAAUAUCUAAGAUCUUAUCACCUUUUAAAGUGCAAAUGUGAUUGGUCAAAUUACCCAAUAAUACAAAUAUUAUCAUUGGGCUGCCUGUGUAAACACAACCAAAUAUAGAACAGUGUUUCCACCAUCUAGAUAAAAUUAUAUAAGUAUUCCCUGCAUGUUUCCUAUGUUCACCAGAAGAUGGCGCUGAUAUCAUAUAAUUUGAUCGUUUUGUCCCUUUCCUGUGUUCUUUCUCUACUCUAUAUACAGAUUGGCAUGUAAUGAACUAAGACUAAUUUGUUUAACCCCACAUUCUUGUAAAUGUCUGUAUUUCAUUAUUGUUUAUGUUGCUGAAAUGUUUCAGAAUCAGUUUUGUCCGUUUUAA